GUUAUUAACAACUGGUGGACAAAAGAGAAUAUGCUAUAAUGUGUAUUUAUAGAAAACUACUUAUCAUUAAUAAUAACUUUAUCCUAUUAUAAAUAUGUUAAGAUCUAUUAAAUAUGUUAAGAUCAACACAAGUCUAUGAAAAAUAUUUUUUUAAAUAAAAGUGUUUUAAUCUUUUGUUAAAAAUUGAAAAUGUACCUAUUUAUUUCGUUUUGCUUCAACAAAAGAAUUUAAUGAUGUUGAGACAUCUUGUUAGAAAUACUGUAAGAUGUAGGUUCUUAUCGUGUUCUUCUAUGAGUUGCAGUAAAAGUGUAGGAGGUGAGCUAACAGAACAAGUGGAAGACUCCAAUGAUAGUCAUCCCCAGGAAAAAAUUAAAAUUUCUUCACCUCAAACUACUCCAAAUAUACUAGUUACAAAAAUGCCAUUUGCUGAACUGCCAUCUGAUGAUGCGGAUAUAAAGAUACCUACAGAAUUUGCUGAGUACAUUGAUUCACUUGGACCACCUUUACCUGUUGCAUUCAAUUUAGCAGCUUAUGUGAACCAAUCAGAGACCUUGCAAAAACUAAUUCAACUAGGUGUGGAUCUUUCAAAAUUGGAAGAGCAGCCGGAGAAAGCUAAAUACAUUUUACAACUUGACUUUGAAAAAGAUAUUAAAUCUCAUAUUAAGUUUUUGCAUGAUCUUGGCAUAGAGGCUGAACUAUUAGGAAGAUUUAUUACUAAGAAUCCUUUUAUAUUUAAAGAGAACAUUCAAGAUAUGGAAGUAAGAAUUAAUUACUUGAAAAGUAAGAGAUUCUUGGAUUCUGCCAUUUCACGUAUCAUAGGUGACAAUCCAUAUAUUUUAAGUUGGGAUACUAAAAAAGUUGAUUCUCGAUUAGGCUUCUUUCAAAAACAGUUUUCUUUGUCUGGAGAUGAAGUUAGAUAUCUCAUAACUAGAUCUCCAAAACUUGUGACUUACAAUUUUGAAAAAUUUACAGAAAAAUUAUUUUCAAUGAAAGAAGAAUUCGGAUUUAGUAGUUCAGAAAUGAAGUUUAUUUUACUGAAGAAGCCUAAACUAUGGAUGUUGAGUCGAAAUUCUCUGAAAGAAAGAUUUAACAUUCUCCACAAUAUCAUGGGCCUUUCGCAUGACCGUAUUCUUGAAUUUCCUGAUGCUUUGCUGACUCGAGGUUUUAUAUUGAAGCAGAGACAUCAGUAUCUAGUCCAUCUGAAACGAGCUCAAUAUAAUCCAGAGGAACCACUCUAUGUGUCUUUGAAAGACUUAUGUACAACCUCUGAUAGUGUUUUCUGUGAAAAAUGUGCUAAGACCUCUGUAAGUGAUUUUAAUGAAUUCUUGAAAACGUUAUGAAAUUAUGAUUGUUAUCUUUAAAAAUAAAUUUUAGUUUAUCAAAU